AUGAACUCGUGGGACGCGGGCCUGGCGGGGCUGCUGGCGGGCACGAUGGGCGUCUCGCUGCUGUCCAACGCGCUGGUGCUGCUCUGCCUGCUGCACAGCGCCGACAUCCGCCGCCAGGCGCCGGCGCUCUUCACCCUGAACCUCACGUGCGGCAACCUGCUGUGCACCGUGGUCAACAUGCCGCUCACGCUGGCCGGCGUCGUGGCGCAGCGGCAGCCGGCCGGUGACCGCCUGUGCCGCCUGGCCGCCUUCCUCGACACCUUCCUGGCUGCCAACUCUAUGCUCAGCAUGGCCGCGCUCAGCAUCGACCGCUGGGUGGCCGUGGUCUUCCCGCUGAGCUACCGCGCCAAGAUGCGCCUCCGCGACGCCGCGCUCAUGGUGGCCUACACGUGGCUGCACGCGCUCGCCUUCCCCGCCGCCGCGGUCGUCCUGUCCUGGCUCGGCUUCCACCAGCUGUACGCGUCCUGCACGCUGUGCAGCCGGAGGCCGGACGAGCGGCUGCGCUUCGCCGUCUUCACGGGGGCCUUCCACGCGCUCAGCUUCCUGCUCUCCUUCGUGGUGCUCUGCUGCACGUACUGCAAGGUGCUCAAGGUGGCCCGCUUCCACUGCAGACGCAUCGACGUGAUCACCAUGCAGACGCUCGUGCUGCUCGUGGACAUCCACCCCAGUGUGCGGGAACGCUGUCUAGAGGAACAGAAGAGGCGACGGCAACGCGCCACCAAGAAGAUCAGCACCUUCAUAGGCACCUUCCUCGUGUGCUUCGCGCCCUACGUGGUCACCAGGCUGGUGGAGCUGUCCUCCGCGGUGCCCAUCAGCUCCCACUGGGGGGUGCUGUCCAAGUGCUUGGCCUACAGCAAGGCCGCAUCUGACCCGUUCGUGUACUCCCUGCUGCGACGCCAGUACCGCAAGAGCUGCAAGGAGAUUCUGAACAGGGUCCUCCACAGGCGUUCCCUCCGCUCCUCCGGCCUCACCGGUGACUCCCACAGCCAGAACAUUCUGCCAGCCUCUGAGUGA